AUGCAGAACAUGUCGAGGCGCUUUGGUCGUAUGACGACGAAGUCGUCUGCAGAUGACAGCCAAAUCGCUGUGCUUCUAAAAGAUUUCGACGAUGCAGAUAUGCUCCUGGGAAAGAUUAUGGAGUCUACCAAAGCCUGGCGUGAUGCGUGGGUCUCUAUCGCAACUUACCAGAGUCGCCUUGUCGAUGAGUUCGACGGCCUCUACGGUCCUAUCAUCGGCUCCUCAGAAACCCCGUCCAAUCACAAAGCCGUGGAAACCGACCCCAUCAGAUUAGCUCGGACAAACCGACUGCGGAAGGAAUAUGACGAGCUACGUAACGAUCUCAUAGAGGAACUCAAUGCUGUCGAUACUCGCAUGUCCCAGCCAGCUGCGCAGGCCAAAGAAUCCCUUGCGCCGAUGAAAAAGACGAUCAAAAAGCGAAAUGACAAGAAGACCGACUUUGAAAUAUCCCAAGGACGUGUUGACAGCCUCAUGAAAAGGCCAAAGCGCACCGAUCGCGAAAAUGUGAGCCUUGCCAAAGCAGAGGCAGAACUUGCCAAUACGAAAGAGGCUUACCAAGCUGCCGACCAUGAUCUACGACAGCGACUCCCAACAUUAAUCGCUCUCAUCUUCUCCCUGACGCCAUACAUCCUCGACGCACAGGUCGAGAUCCAAAACCGCAUGCUUGCGCAUUAUUACACAGUGCUUCACACCUACUGUGUAGAAGAGGGGUUCCCCUCCCCGCCACCAGCCAUGGAACAAGUUGUCCAAGACUGGGAGUUCGCCUUCAACCCCGUGCAAGCUGAAAUAGAAAACUUCGGCUGCUUGACCCAAGGCAAGGCCAUGCACCGAGCCGCAGCCGACCAGGAGAAUAAGAAGCGUCCCUCAAUUGGCGGUCGCCUAUCCAGCACAGCCUCAUCGACCUCGCUUCAUAAUUCUUUCCGCCGGGGAUCACAAACACCAGGAUCGUCGAGCCAAACACCCUGCGUACCAGAAUAUCCUCCCUCUCCGCCCCUGUCAACCAUUAGUCAUAGGAGCAACGCGAUUCCUGUUGGAAACACUGCAGGAUCAAAGCCUCUCUCGACUGGCGGCGACUACUUCGACCCUCCUCGUCUGACAUUCUUGCCAACCCCGCAGCCCACUCCUAUCCCAUCAGGGGUAGUGAGAUCACCCGCCGGCCCAAACAUAGACUGCUUCCAGGCCAAGGUAUUGCCCAUGUCUGUCGCUGCAGGGAAGAAGAGACCCCCACCACCACCGCCAGCUGCUUCCCGUCCAGUAUUUGUCACGGCAUUGUAUGACUUUGAUGGCCAGGGGGAUGGCGAUCUGAGUUUCCGGGAAGGGGACCGUAUUCGCAUCGUGCGGAAGACACAAAGCACAGACGAUUGGUGGGAGGGUGAGUUGAGAGGGCAAAGAGGACCUUUCCCUGCCAACUAUGUUGAGCGCGAGGCCCCCCCAGCCAUGAAUAAAGCACAGCGAGAUGCCCUGCAACGCACACGUACUAUUUUCCUCUCGGAGGGUCUACCUCACUACGAGGACCUACGCACCCUGGCCGAGUUGUGGUGGGUCUCAGUGCCACUUACCAUUGAGGACCGCCUCUCUUCCGACGAGGAGUUGAUGGAUGUUAUGGCUGACCGUUGCCGGGCUGGAGAUUGCAAGGUCACCCACUAUGAAGCCAUGCACCACCAGGAAGCCCUUUGGCUCUCGCUCCCAGUUAUAAACUGUGACAAGGACCUUGCAGAGCAAGGUUGGGUUGUUGGGGUUAUCGCACUUGCUGAGCACUACCAGAUGGAGAUUGCUGCCGGACGCCUUUCAAUCGACCGGGAUUAUAUUUUUGAGCUUCGGUCAUAG